AUGGCUUUGUUCAAUGUUUUACACACCUUUGUCUUGUUUUCUUUUGUACAAUCAAUUCCAAUGCCUCCAUCUAUUAUAACCGAACCCGAUCCUGAAGUUAUAUUCGAUCCGCGUGUGAAUAUCGAACUUCCAUGUUUAGCAAAAGGUAGUCCAGCACCGAUUUACACUUGGGCGAAAGAUGGCCGUUUCUAUGAGCCAAGUGCACAAAAUAAUCGAGUCGCUAUGGGUAGUGAUUCCGGCACGUUGAUAUUUACACAAGCACAAACUAUUGAUCAAGGAUGGUACCAAUGCAAUGCUACAAAUAUGUGGGGUACGGCUGUGACGCGCAAAGUUCGUGUACGUCUUGCUGAACUUGGUGCUUUUCCUAUUUAUGAUAAAGCACAAGUAAUCCAAGUGCGACGUGGUGAUUCAUUAAAGCUUCCAUGCAAGCCGCCAACAGGUGUGCCUGAUCCGGAAACGUAUUGGACUGAUAAUACGAAUACGGGCGAUCAAUUCGGUUUUCUUGUAUCAAAUCCUCGAAUCCAACAGGAUUAUUAUGGUAAUCUGUAUUUUCUAAAUGUCAAAGAUGAAGAUGAACAAAAACAAUUCAUUUGUAAUGUUUUUUCUCGAAAAUUAAAUGUUAUCCGUCGUGGUUCUCUAACGCAACUGCAAGUGAUCAAAACCGAUCCGAACAAUCGUCGUCCAGUGAAAUUAUGGUCGUCCGAAGCGAAUAAAGUUUUUCUCAAAGGUUACAAACUCACGUUGAAAUGUAUUUUUGGCGGCUUGCCAACGCCUGGUGUUAUCUGGAGAAAGAUCAAUGGUACAAUACCUGAACGACGUUCAACAGUAACUAUGGAGAAACAAGAAUUAGUUAUUACUGAUCUCCAAUUCGAAGAUGCUGGUUUAUAUGAAUGUCGUGGUCACAAUGAAUUGGGCAAUGAUUUAUUCAGUAUCAACGUUCGAGUUGAAGCAGCCCCAUAUUGGAUAGAGAAACCACGAGAUUUGCAUGUUACUGAAGGUGAAACUGUAAAUUUUGUCUGUGAUGCUCAAUCUAAGCCACCACCGAACAAUAUCCAAUGGUUUGUCAAUGGUGUACCAUUGCAAGAUCCGAGUGUGCGACGAAAUCCUCGUCGACGUGUUGUGAAAAAUCAUAUGACCAUUCAAAAUGUAACUAAACUAGACACAGCAGUGUAUCAGUGCAACGUAACCAAUAUUCACAAUUAUGUUUUUGCUAAUUUCUUUCUCAAUGUUAUAUCGGAAAAGCCUGAGAUUCAACGUGGACCAGAUCCAUUACUCCGUGCGGUUGAAGGUCAAAGUGUACUGCUUCCAUGUGAAACAUUCGGUGCUCCAAUGCCGAAAGUUUAUUGGAGUAAGCGCGAUCAAGUAAUAACUGGUGGAAGAUACUCUAUAUUAGAGGAUGGAAGUUUAAUGAUACGUGAAGCGUCGGCAUCGGAUAGUGGAGUAUAUGUCUGUAAUGCGACAAACAAAUUUGGAUCUGAUGUGCGUAGUGGAACGCUGAAUAUCAAGCGAAAAACCCGUAUACAAACGCAUACAGGAAAUCAAGAAGUACGACGCGGUUACUAUGCAAUAUUUCGUUGUACAGCAGUAGCUGAUACAUCCUUAACGUACGAUAUUGAUUGGUAUAAAGAUGGACGUUUGCUCGCAUAUACAGGUCGUUUUAUCAAAGAUGUUGCUGAUCAGAAUACAUUGAAGAUUGUUGAUGUACAGUUUGACGAUGGUGGUUCGUAUGUAUGUCGGGCAAGUACCGAACUUGAUUUUGACGAUGCCAGUGCAACACUAGUGGUACAAGAUCGACCGAAUCGUCCGCGAAUUACGAAAGUGAAUUGCAGUGGUUCAAUUCAGAAUUCAUUCGGACAACCAUUUGCUAUCGUUCAAUGGGAAGCAACGGGUGAUAACAAUGCUCGAGUGUUGUACUAUGAAUUGCAAUAUAAUACCUCAUUUCAACAGAAUGAUUGGGUAUCAGUACCUGUUGAGCAACGUCGAGAAUCUUAUAACGAAAUCAAAUCACAAGAUGGUUCAAUUAAAUUAGAACCAAAAACAACGAUCUUUCGAACAACUCGUCUUCCAUCAAAUCAAUAUGAUUUACGUGUGACACUUUCAUGCUGGGCUAAUUAUACUUUUCGUGUUAUUGCUUAUAAUCGUGUUGGUGCUAGUGAUCCAAGUGCAAUAUCAGAAUCGAUGUGUUCAACAGCAACAUGCCGACCUCGAUCAAACCCUGUUGGUGUUCGAGCUUAUACAACACAAUUUGUACCAUUAUUGAUCGAAUGGGACAGUAUGCCACCGAUAAAAUGGAAUGCACCGAAGUUUUGGUAUGAAGUUGGGUGGCGUCCAUUUGUACCAGGUCCAAAUCCUGAGCCAUUCAUGACCCAACGUGUGUAUCCACCUCAACACCAAUUUGCAAUACCAAACCCAGCUCUUAAUCUACGUUAUCAAUAUUAUGUAAAAGCGGUUAAUCAACAGCCCGGCGAAAUUAACGGUGCUGAUGCCAAUGAACCUCCAUUGUAUUUCAUUGCCUUCUCGGGUGAUUCGGCACCUACGUAUGUUCCACGUAAUUUUCGUCUUAUGCAAACACUUGAUGGUACUACAGUACAAUUUGCAUGGGACCCUCCUUUGGCUGUGGAUGAAAUUAAUAUUCGAGGCUUUCUAAAAGCUUAUCAGAUUGAAAUGUUUCGCAUCGCUGAUCCGGAAAACUCUCUUCGUGUAAUAUCGGAUAUUUCACCGAAUCAAACAUGGGCAACCAUUUUCAACGCUCCGCCCAAUGGAGAAAUUGGUGCACGAAUUCGCAUUGAAACUGAACGAUAUCUAGGACCAACCAGUCAGGUGAUUCAAUUCGUAACACAAGAAGGACGUCCAGGUCCUAUAACGAAUCUUCGCGGUAUACCAUUUGGUGGUAAUGGUAUUUAUCUCUUUUGGGAACCGCCUGAUGAACCAAAUGGUUUUAUUAUCGGCUACCAAAUUGAUUACAAGACGAUUGAGAGUAUUAUGGCUCAACCAGGUCUCGAUCAACCAUCUGUGUCAUUGUACGAUCCGUUACAACGCGAGCACCUUAUUGGCGGCUUAAAACCGAAUACAAAAUAUCGUGUUCAAGUACGCGCACGUACGAUCGCCGGUCUAUCUACGAGUCCUGCUAUGAUUGAAUUGACAACAAACGUUAGUCUAAUACCGUCCAAACCGACAUUUUUCGUGUCAUAUCGAGGACCAACGUUUUUCAAUGUUUCAUUCGAUCCAACAAGAAUGCAAAUACCUGGCAGUCGUUACUACGUACAAUACAAAGAGGAUGAAAAAGAUGGUCAAGCGAUAUACAAACGAACCUAUUCUGUUUCGAAUGAUCGUACAAUCAUGGUUAGUCCUCUCGAGCCAGGUAAAACAUAUUUAACAUACCUUGUCGCUGGCGAUGGCAUUCGGGCUGAAACAAGAAGUGAUUCUCAAAAAGUAACUACACUUGGCAAAGAUCGCGGUCCACGGGUUCAUGAUGCACCUUGGUUUAUUGGUCUUCUUAUAUCUUUGAUUAUCUUGUUCAUUGUCUUUAUUGUUGUUUGUGGUAUUAUGCGACGUAAAGGCGGAGAGUAUACACCUUCUAUUUCUGAUCGAAAAACAAUGGACAAAGAUCCGUAUCGUACUGAUGAUGAUGGCAAAUAUCCUGAUUAUAACCCAGCAUCAAGUGAUGUUUCAAUGAAACAAAGUCGAUCCUCCUUACACGAUUCAAUGGCAGAAUUCGACGAUGAUAAACGUCGUACUUACUUAGUGAAAUAUGGCGAAGGUGAUAUUGUCGAUGAAGAUGAACCGAAUUUUUCAACUGCUGUAUAG